AGCUCACUCAGAAUACGGAAAGGUUUUCCAAAGAACAAAGAUGAACAAAAUGUCAACAAUCGUAUUUUGUAUAUGCUGCGCCAUCUUCCUUUUUUCACAGGGAGCUGAUGCGAAUGCCUGUACAUUUACCGAGUUGGCAAAGUGUAGCACCAACUUCGGUCUACCCUUAUUCACUCCAAAACGACAGAUUUGCAGUCUAGCAGCAAAUGGAAUCGCCUGUGUUGAGAGAGUGAACUCCGCCUGCCUGAGCAGUCGCCAUGUUCCUGGAAGUAGUGACGUUCACAUAAAAGGACUCCAAAUCUUAGCAAGGAUGAGGCAAAGACAAAAAGACAGGGGUUGCGUUAGUGGUGUCGGGAGACAGGAGACCAGUGUGUUUGUAAUUGUUGUAGCUUGUUUGUUUGCAUUGAAUUUUUAUUAAAACAUUUGCCUUCCAAAUAAAACAUA